AUGGGCUCCAAUGAGAAGAGGUCGCCCGCUAGGAUGGUUCUGCCUGUUGCAGCCAACGUAGCCCACGAUCCCCGCCAGGGCUCUUCCCGGCGAAGCAGAGACACCCAGAGGAACGUCUCCCCUCGACGAGAAGGAGCCUCCGGCACCCAGUCCCAUCGAGGGAGCAGCCCUCAGAGAGCCAAUGAGUUCCUGAGAAGCUCCUCGCCCCCCAGAGGGAGCGAUGCAGGCCAGAGCUCCUCCCCUCGGCGAGGAAGUGAACUGUCCCAGAAUGCAUCGCCCCAGAGGGGGAGCGUCAGCGAGGCUCCCCGAAGACUGUCCGUUCCUCCGGCUGCCUCUUCACGGAGGGGAAGCGAGCUCUCCCAGGGCACCCCUUCUCAGAGGGGGGCCGAGGAACCCCGAAGGCCGUCUGCUCCAAGAGGGCCAAACUACCACCUUCCGGGCCCUUCUGUGCGGAAAGGGAGUGGGGUCUCAGAGAAUUCCUUCUACCAACAACCGGGUGACCUUCCACGGAACAAUUCUCCCCACAGAGGAAGCGACGCUUUCUGGAGCAGCACCUCCUCGCCGAAAGGGGGCGAACUUCCAGCUGGGGCCUCAUCCCGCCGAGGGAGCGAACUCUCCCAGGGACCAGCCUGGAGGUCAGUGUGCCCUGAAGAAAACGAGCUUUCCUUCGGGGGUUCUCUGCAGCGAGGGAGGACGCCAGUCCGGAACAUCUCCCCUCAGGCGGCGGUGGACUACCGGUGCGGAAGGUGUUGCAUCCAGCCGGGGCAGCUCACCAUGACGAACAGCCAGAUGCUGUUGGCGAUGCAACAGAGCCUCAAUUCGCAACGGGAGGAAAUCUACCAGAGGUCCCGGGCUUCAUCCAGAAUAGGGAAAACCCAAGUAGACAGCAGGUGCAUCCCCAUCUCCCCAAAUCGGAGUGACUUGCCCCAGGCGACGACCCAGAGCUAUGUGAGGCCUGUGGCAAGUCCCAAGGAGGAUUCUGCACAAGUAAAUCCCCCAAGGAGGGAAUCCGUUCAGGUGCCCAAGGCGUUUCCUCAGCUGGCACUGGAGUUGGGACCACAGGACACCUGCCAGCCACCUCGGAAACUCAUCCGCAAACACGUCCCCUACCCCAAGGACGAGUGGACCCAGACGGAGCCAGCCUACAAAGUUUCUGUAUUCCCAAAGAGCGACUCUCCUCAAGCAGAGGUAUGGUUGGCCCUUCCUCUCCCUGCAGAGGCGGAAACAAGGAGGAGCUCUCUUGAAUCGCACCCUGAAUCCACCCGCCGUAAGAGCUCUCCUCCCAGAGAGCCAGACACGAGGCGGAGCACCCCUGAACCGCCCCCUGAACCCACCCGCCGGAGGAGCUCUCCUCCCAGGGAGCCAGACGCGAAGCGGACCUCCUUCCAGGCAAGGCCUGAACCAAGCCAGGCCAUCUACAGGCCUUCCCUCCACCCUGAGAAUGAAUCUGAGUAUCUCUGCCCGAUCCACCAGGAGAUGGAGGAUGCUUGGAAGCGGGCUCUCUCCCCGGGCCAUGAGCCACCUGGCCGGCAACCCCUUUCCACCGCCGAACAGAAAAAAGGUUCCCUCCAAGCCCGGCUCGAACCAGCCCCAAGGGGAUCUGUCCCUCGGGAGCCUGACGCAAGAAGGGUCGAAGGCAAGAAGACCCCCCUCCAAACCGUCCCCGAAUCCACUGACUCUCUGCCGCAAGAAUUCCAGCGUGUCUACAGACCUGCUUCUCACCCAGAAAGUGAAUCUGAGUACAGGUGCCCUUUUCAUAAAGAAAUGGAGGCAGCCCUCUGCCGGUCCGCCCCCCCAGGGACUGAUAUUCCACACAGGGGCUCCCUCACCAGGGAGACCCCACAGCACGGGAGCCUUGGGCCAGCUAGGCUUUCCAGGACCAGUGAUUGGACCCAGACAGAGCCUGGCCUCGAUGCCCAUCAGGUUCCGAGAGGUUCUCUUCAGCCCAUCACCACCACCAUAGCAAGACCCAGGCGCUUGUCGGAUCCAGAGGCCACCGUGGACUGGGGACUCAUGCCUCCAAGGCCCUUAAGCAAGUUUGGGCCUCAGUCAACUUGGUGGCCUUUGCUCCAGCCAGGCCCCAGCCCUCCCACCCCGGAUUUGAUGGACAGGCACAUCAGCCUACCAGCUCCAGACCUCGGAGAGAAUCGUUCCAGCUUAGCUCUGGAUUUGAGGGAGAAGCCCUGCAGCCUGCCAGCUCCAGAUUUGAGGGAGAAGCCUCGCUCCAGUUUAGCUCCGGACUUGAGGGAGAUGUUAAGCAGCCCGCCGGCUCCAGACCCAGCAAAGGUCGCGGCGGCUUUUCCUGGGGAGUUGGAGGAGGCCUUGGUUUUGCCGCAGGAUGCCAUUUCCACCUCGAGCAAAGACCUGCCAAGACAGACAGAGCGUUUCGAAAAGCUGCCUGCUCACCUGGACCAGAGGCCGGAGUGUGUGGGCCCCAGCAGUGAGGCCGAUGACCUCCUCAACCUGCAGCGAGAGAAGGCCCCCCUGAGGUUUAGUGCUUUCUUUGUGGAUGUCCCGGACGAGAAGCACACGGACGUUCUCUGGUGGCUGAAAGGAUCCUUUUCCUGCAAGCCCUGGGCAGUUGCUAAGAAGAUGUAG